AUGCCUACUGGUCACCAGAUUGAGAGGCUAGUUGGCAACCAGGCACAUGCAAAUUAUCGAGGGGAUAUCGUCGAAAACCGGCACAAAGUCCACGCAGCAAUUGUCGACGCAAAUGGCCAAUUUCUCUAUAGGGUUGGAGAUCCUUCUCGCGUGACUUUAAUUCGGUCAGCAGCCAAACCGGCCCAGGCACUGGCAAUUUUGGAGGCAGGAGUGUUUGACCGGUUUCCAUUUGAUGAUGCAGAUCUGGCAUUGAUGUGUGCAUCUCACAGCAGUGAAGAUAUGCAUGUUUCUCGGGCACAAUCAAUGCUAGCAAAGGUCCAAAUCCUAGAAACAGACUUACGGUGUGGAGGACAUCCCGCUAUAUCAGAAACAGUGAAUAGGGCAUGGAUAAAAGCCGACUAUACGCCGACAGGGAUCUGCAAUAAUUGUUCGGGCAAGCAUGUCGGAAUGAUAGCUGGUGCGAAGUGUCUCGGAGCUGACAUCGCAGAUUAUCAUCUACCUGAAAAUCCAAUGCAGUUGUUAGUUAGGCGCGUGGUCGAAGAGUUGACAGAUCUACACGGAGAUGAGGUCAAAUGGGGAAUCGAUGGCUGCAACUUACCGGCACCUGCGGUGCCUUUGUACUCUCUGGCAAAGAUUUAUGGUACACUUGCCGCAGCAGACAGAACAGUAGACAAAGACAACAAUGCACCAACAAGAUCUCAAAAUCUAGCAUGCGUCUUCCGUGCAAUGGCUCAACAUCCCGAGCUCGUCGGCGGCGAAGGUCGAUUCUGCACUCGUCUUAUGACGGGCUUUGAAGGACAACUGGUCGGUAAAAUUGGAGCAGAAGGAUGUUAUGGAAUCGGUAUACGUCCGACAGAAUACACCAAAAACCUAGGAACUAAUACAGCCAUUGGAAUUGCGGUAAAAAUCGAGGAUGGCAACAUCCCAAUUUUGUAUUCGGCAGUGAUGGGUAUUCUUGAGCAACUGAGCAUUGGGACAUCGGAAGCUCGGGAGAAACUUGCUGAUUUCCAUCGCCCUAGGCUUCUCAAUACUGCAGGUGUCGAGAUAGGUCAUGUUGUUUGUGCUUUCAAAGUACAGGCUAUGCGCGAGUUUGACCCUCUAGUUCUCCAAUAUCAACAUGACAAACACCGACCCCGAGAAGACGAAGCACUUCAUAUGCUUAAAAAAAUAGCUUCUCUUGUCAAACCGAUUAUGAGGCAGCGGAACUGGAAAGUCGGCACGUUGGCUGAAUUUUAUCCUUCUGCCCGGACACUCCUGGGAGUGAAUACCAAUCGGGGAGAGAAGAUAUGUCUACGGUUGAGAUAUGCGAGUGAUGAAUACCAAUUUCUGGCUUUGGAUCAUGUUGUUGAUACUAUGCUACAUGAAUUAUGUCACAUUGUGCAUGGCCCUCAUAAUACCGAUUUUCAUGCGUUGUGGAAUCAGCUUCGCGACGAAUACACAGAGCUCGCCAUGAAGGGUUACACAGGUGAAGGAUUUCUUUCCCAAGGCAAUCGCCUUGGAGGUAGUAAAAUUCCUCUAGAGGAGGCACGGCGGGUGGCCCGCACUGCUGCUCAACGACGAGCGCUGGCAGCUGGUUCCGUUCAGAAGCUAGGAGGUGCGCCACUAAUGAAAGGCUCCGACAUACGAAAGAUUAUUGCGGAUGCUGCUCAAAAACGUAUUGACGUCACGAAAGGAUGUGCAUCGGGCUCUAGCGAAGGCGAGAAGUUAGCGGAUGAAGCUUCUCGGAAUGGCUUCCGUACCAAAGCUAAAGAGGACGAUGCAAAUGAACGUGCUAUAAUGGAGGCAUACAUUGAAAUGAUUCAGGAGGAGGAGAAAGAGAAAUAUGGGACUUCGUAUGUCCCUCCUAGUCAGGAGAACCCUGCCGGUCCUCGGGGAAGGGUCUAUCCACCAGGAAAGCGACCGCGUCCUAGCCCAACAGAGACAAAACCUAUCAAACGAUUUGCGAGUUCGGGAACAUUAUCUGGCGCAUUCGGUGCAUCUGAUGAGAACAUCCCGGAUAUUAUUAAAGAGGAUCAAAGACCCUGGAACUGUCGAAUUUGUACUCUUGAAAAUCCUCCAGCAUAUCUUUGUUGCGAUGCCUGCGGAAUAGAACGGCCUACAACAUCAUUGACAGCUCAAUCACGGCUUGUGGCAGGACCAGAUACAAAGUGGUCAAAUAGAGGAAUGUCAAAACCGCGAAAUCGUCUUGGCUCAGAAGUCGAUUCUAGUCGAGUAUUGUCGUUCAAAAGUAAAACGGCGGAGCGUAUCUCUAGUCUUGAGCAAGAUAGAGCUAUGAAACCUCUUGGAUGGCUAUGCGAUAAAUGCGGCGCAUUUAUGGAAACCGAGUGGUGGACAUGCUCAGCUUGUGGGAUGAUGAAGACUACUUCGUAA